UUUCAGCACUUUCCUGCGACUUCUGUCUAUGUACAUAAAUGACUCUCGUAUCAGUUCGGGCUCUUUGGGGCGUUGCGUUGUAUGGUUCUAGGUACAUCUGACGUAAUUCGUUUAUUAAGAACAAGAGCACAGAUCUGUCGUGGAAGCGAAGCAACGACAGACAGUGCUGAUCAGCAACAGGACAUUAGGAGCUGGUUGUGACUGCAGGACGCUCAGAGGACUCCAGUGAAGCCACAGAGGCCUGCGGCCAUGCUGUGCUGGGGAAAUGCCUCCUACGGACAGCUUGGUUUGGGUGGCAUCGAUGAGGAGAUCGUCGUUGAGCCGCGGAACUGUGAUUUCUUUAACAGCAAGCAGGUGAUAGAUGUGGGGUGCGGCCAUCGGCACACUGUCUUCCUACUGGAGGACGGAACUGUCUACACCUGUGGCUGCAAUGACCUGGGCCAGCUAGGUCAUGAGAAAGCUCGCAAGAAGCCAGAGCAAGUUGUAGCACUGGAUGCCCAAAUCAUUGUCGCAGUGUCAUGCGGUGAAGCCCAUACUCUUGCUCUAAAUGACAAAGGACAAGUAUUUGCAUGGGGUCUUGCCUCAGAUGGACAGCUGGGCCUUAACAAUGUUGAAGAGUGUGUUCGUGUGCCCAGGACCAUAAAGAACUUGUCAGAGGUGCAUGUGGCCCAGGUCACCUGUGGGUACAGACACUCUCAUGCCCUCUCCCGAGAUGGUCAGAUCUUCUCCUGGGGCCAGAAUAAAUACGGCCAGCUUGGGUUAGGGAUCAAAGGGCCCAAUGUGAUGACGCCGCAGGUCAUCCAGUCUUUAUUGGGGAUCCCGUUCGCCCAGGUAUCGUCAGGAGGAGCCCACAGCUUUGCUCUCACACUGUCUGGGGCAGUGUUUGGUUGGGGUUGUAACAAAUUUGGACAGCUUGGCCUAAAUGACAACAAUGAUCGAUAUUUUCCUACUCUGCUGAAAACACUCAGGUCACAAAGAGUCGUCCAUAUCUCCUGUGGAGAGGACCACACAGCAGCACUCACAAAGGAGGGAGGUGUGUUUACGUUUGGAGCUGGCGGGUAUGGCCAGCUGGGACACAAUACCACGAACCACGAGAUAAACCCAAGGAAGGUUUUUGAACUGAUGGGAAAUGUGGUUACACAGAUAGCUUGUGGCAGGCAGCACACUCUUGCUUUCAUUCCUCACUCGGGUAAAAUCGAUUCCUUUGGACUUGGAGGAAAUGGCCAACUUGGUACACGCUCCACAUGCAACAGGAAGAGUCCUGCUCCAGUUAAAGGGCCCUGGAGGGCAUACAAAGGCCCAGACUCUAUGGACACAGGGUCAGAGCAGUGUUACUAUGUGAAGAGGAUCUGUGCUGGUGGAGACCAGAGCUUUGCCCAUUAUCAGUUACCUGAGCGUCUCACAGCUCCAGAUGACCUGAGAGCACCAAACCCUCAUCGGCAUGUGUGUACCCUAAACCCUGACCUCAUUCAGAAGUGGCUCAGCUAUGGACAAGGCAGACUUUCACCAGAAAUGACCAAUGAGAUUGAUCUUGUGUUCUCCUCAGCGAGUUGCCUCAAUGGAAGCUUUUUGUCUUCAAGCCAUCCAGAUCACUAUAACACAAGCAGUAAGUGUUCGGGGGUGGACAUGAACGCGGCUCGUUUACUGUUAAACAGACUCAUCCAACCUGAAUAUCCUCACAUAUCUCAACAGGUUGCUGCCAGUUUGGAGAAGAACCUGAUUCCCAGAUUGAGCAGCUCUCCUGGAGAUGUUGAGGCUCUAAGAUUAUACCUCACACUACCUGAGUGUCCUCUCUUCAGGGAUCCCAACACAUAUGUCACCCUGGCCAUUCCUUUUGCCAAAGCAGUCAUAAGCCUGAAAGAUGCUCCACUUAAGGUGCUUGGUAAUUGGUGGUCGCGACUAGAUCCCACUGGGUUCCAGAGGAUUGUGGAGCUUUAUAAGGAUGUUGUUGUUUGCUUACUCAAGAUGCAGAAGGUUGGCAUUCCCCUUCCUGAACAGAGGGUCUUUACAUGUUUCCUGCACACAUCUCUUAAACUCCUCGAGGCCCUACAUUCAGUGAAUGAGCGUUCUAGCCAAAUUAUCCCAUAUGACAAGUUUUAUAUCCAUGAGCUGGACGAGCUAAUUGACAUCAGGAAUGAUUACGUUAUGUGGAUCCAGCAGCAGAUGUUCGCCUUGGUCAUAGAAAACCAGGUGACCUUAUGUAAAUACCCGUUUGUCUUUGAUGCACAAGCAAAGACCACUCUUCUUCAGACAGAUGCUGCGAUUCAGAUGCAGAUUGCAGUAGACCAGGCCCAGAGACAGAAUAUCACGUCUUUACUGACGGCCAGCGGAGUGGUGGAUUCAGUCAACCCCUGCCUUAUUCUCAUCGUACGCAGAGAAAACAUUGUUGGCGACACCAUGGAGGUUUUGAGAAAAUCAAAAAACGUUGACUACAAGAAACCUCUGAAGGUUAUUUUUGUUGGAGAAGAGGCUGUGGAUGCAGGUGGAGUUCGUAAGGAGUUCUUCCUCUUAAUCAUGAAAGAGUUACUGGACCCCAAAUAUGGCAUGUUCAGAUAUUACGAGGACUCCAGGCUCAUAUGGUUUUCAAACAAGACAUUCGAAGACAUUGACUUGUUUCACCUGGUUGGUGUGAUUUGCGGCUUAGCCAUCUAUAAUUUCACCAUUGUGGAUCUGCAUUUCCCUGUGGCCCUGUAUAAGAAGCUACUGAAGAAGAAUGUGGGACUGGAGGACUUAAAGGAGCUGAUGCCUGAAGUAGGAAGAAACCUGGAACAUUUACUGAAUUAUACAGAGGAUGAUGUGGAACACACGUUUUGCCUGAAUUUCACAAUCACCAUGGAAAAUUUUGGAGCCACAGAGGUCCAAGAGCUGAUCCCAAAUGGCAUGGACAUCAGUGUGAACAACUCAAACAAGCAGGAUUUUGUGAAUGCUUACGUUAACUACAUUUUCAACGCGUCUGUUGCCCCCAUGUUUGAGGCGUUCUACUCAGGCUUUCAUAAAGUGUGUGGCGGGAAGGUUCUGGGCCUCUUUCAGCCAAAUGAACUGCAAGCCAUGGUCAUUGGCAACACCAAUUAUGACUGGAAGGAGCUGGAGAAGAGCACAGAAUAUAAGGGGGAGUACUCUGCAGAUCAUCCCACAAUCCAGUUCUUCUGGGAGGUUUUCCAUGAACUGUCUCUGGAGCAGAAAAAACAGUUUCUUUUGUUCCUUACUGGGAGUGACCGUAUCCCUAUCCUGGGUAUGAAGAGCUUGGCUUUGGUCAUACAGCCCACAGGUGGAGGUGAGCAUUACCUCCCAGUGGCCCACACCUGCUUCAACCUGCUGGACCUGCCCAAAUACAGCAGCCGUGAGGUACUACGAGAGAAGCUCCUGCAGGCCAUAGGCCACAACCAGGGCUUCAAUCUGGCUUAAGGCCCCUUCAGUGCUGGGAAAAAGUACUGAAACUACAUCUUAACCACGGACUGCCAGUGCAAUGCGUACAAGUAUUAAAACGUUUUAGGUUUGGUUCAGCCAAGAACUUGACUGUAUGAAUUUUGGUUAUGGAAUCGACCCUUUGCUAAACUCUGCCUGGUUACCACUCAAGUGCCUGAGAGUCAGUUUUGCUCUCAGGCAUUUGAGUUUUGGCCAAUAAUAUGCUAGGAUCAGUACCAGUGCCUCCAACAGGGAGACAUGCAUUUAGUGCAGGGGUGGGCAAAUCCAGU